AUGUCGGACAAGUCUAAGUUAGGAACGGGGUACGGCCAGAUUCAUUGUGUGGUCCGAGAAUUGGUGCAGGACAAAUUUAGCAACGAAACAUGGCAGAAAAUUCUGAGGGAGUCUGGUCUUGAUGAACACGACCAUUUCUUAGUCUUCUAUCGCUAUGAAGAUAAGCUCACCUUCCAACUCAUCGGGGCAGUGUCUAAAAUUUUAGAUCUGUCUUUGGAGGCGGUGUUGGAGGUGUUUGGUGACUACUUCGUGAGCUACUGCCUUCGUCAUGGCUACGACAAGAUGCUGAAGACACUGGGAGGGGACAUGAAAAGCUUCAUCCAGAACCUUGACUCACUCCAUUCCCUACUGGCUUUCAGCUACAAGAACAUAGAAGCACCAUCCUUUAGGUGUGAAUCUCACCCUGAUGGCUCUCUCAUGUUGCAUUAUUAUACAACACGACCUAGACUCUACCCCAUUGUUAUAGGGUCCGUACGAGCCGUUGGCCGAGAAAUCUUCAAGCAGAAGGUGGAUAUCACGGUACUGGAGCAAUCAAGGGAGGUAAUCGAUGGCGGUAAGACCCAGGAGCACACAGUCUUCAAGGUCAUCGUGCACAAAGGGCUGAAAAAUGAACGCAGGAGUCCCGAAGGUCAAGAGGAACGUCUGUCCUCCGGAAACAUGAAGGUUGCUGUGCCUACAAACAUUUCAGCCUUUCAUCUGAAUGCUGGUCAAUUCUGCUCAGCAUUCCCAUAUCAUAUUAUAUUCGACAAAUAUUUGAAAAUUCGACAGUGUGGAGUGAUGAUUCACAAACUGUGCCCUGUUCCUAUCCGAGAAGGCAUGGCGGUUACGUCCUUGUUCCGGAUAAUCCACCCUAAAAUGAAACUGUCCUUAGCGAACAUUCACAAAUUUAUCAAUGCGGUGUUUCUCCUGAGUGUAUCCCAAGAUGAGUCAGAGACGGAGGGUGACAACAAGGCAGUGGUCCUGAAAGGACAGAUGAUGUGGCUGGAAGCGUCUCAUCAUAUGAUCUUUAUUGGAUCCCCUCGCCUCACAAGCCUCAACGAACUUAUGGAAAUGAACGUCUACCUGGCAGAUAUCCCCCUGUAUGACGUCACGCGCGAGCUUGUGCUGCUUAAUCAACAGAGGAUAGCUGAGAUAGAUAUAGCCAAGAAGUUGGACGAAACAACAGCAGCGUUGAAGCGGACGUCCCAGGCGUUGGAGAUAGAGAAACAGAAGACGGAUGUGCUGUUGUAUCAGAUGCUGCCACCGAAGGUUGCGCACCAGCUGAAGAACGGCAGACAGGUGGAGGCAGAGAAGUUCGACCAAGUGACAAUUCUGUUCAGCGACAUCGUGACCUUCACCAACAUGGCUGCAGCCUGCACGCCCAUGGACAUCGUCAACAUGCUGAAUAACCUCUACCACCGCUUCGACAAGAGCACCAAUGACCAUGAUAUUUACAAGGUGGAAACCAUUGGCGAUGCCUACAUGGUGGUGAGCGGAGUUCCGGAGCCGUCCACCAACCAUGCCAAGUCCGUCGCCGACUUCGCCAUGGACAUGGUGCAGGAAGCCGCCACAGUCAACUCCCCUGCAACUGGGAAACCUCUACAGAUCCGAGUGGGGGUCCAUACAGGCCCCGUGGUGUCAGGGGUCGUCGGGAUGAAGAUGCCUCGCUACUGCCUGUUUGGGGACAGCGUCAACACCGCAUCCAGGAUGGAGAGUCAUGGCGUCCCGGGCAGGAUCCACGUCAGCCCCACCACAUUCAGAUGUAUACGAAACAAAGGCUACCAGUUAAAGAAACGCGGACAGAUUCAAGUGAAGGGUAAAGGUGAAAUGACCACGUACUUCCUCGUGGGCGACAAGAACCGCAGAGUUGUAGAACCAGAUGACGACUUCACCAGUCUCUCCGUUGACUCAGACUUCUGUUCGGAUUGUGAAGAGGUGACGUCAUCAGAAAAAUCUAUGACGCCGAAUUCUGACGUCAAUGAAAUGCCCAUAAUUUCAACAAAGCUCCGAAGGUGGAGUAAGAUGCGGGAUCAACAAAGCAGCACAUGUGAUAUAUCAUAG